CGCCGGCGGGGGUGGGCGGGCGCGCCGGGCGGCAGGUGUCGGCGGCGUCGGCAUUCGGCGGCGAUGGAGCAGCCCCGGGGAGCUGCGGACAGCCUCUGGCGCUGGCCCCACGGCCUCGGCCUCCUCCUCCUCCUCCAGGUGCUGUCGCCCGCGACCCUCGGUCAGGACCGGCUGGACGCGCCGCCGCCGCCCGCCGCGCCGCUGCUGCACUGGCCCGGCCCCGUCGGGGUGAGCUGGGGGCUGCGCGCGGCCGAGGGCGGGGGUCCGUUUCCCCGCGGCGGCCGUUGGCGCCGCAGCGUGCCCGGCGAGGACGAGGACUGCGGCCGGGUCCGGGGCUUCGUGGCCAGGCUGGCCAACAACACGCACCAGCAUGUGUUUGAUGAUCUCAGUGGCUCAGUAUCCUUGUCCUGGCUUGGAGAUAGCACUGGGGUCAUUUUAGUCUUGACUACCUUCCAUGUACCACUGGUAAUUAUGACUUUUGGACAGUCCAAGCUAUAUCGAAGUGAGGAUUAUGGAAAGAACUUUAAGGAUAUUACAAAUCUCAUCAAUAACACCUUCAUUCGGACUGAAUUUGGCAUGGCUAUAGGUCCUGAGAACUCUGGAAAGGUGAUCUUAACAGCAGAGGUGUCUGGAGGAAGUCGUGGUGGAAGAAUCUUCAGAUCAUCAGAUUUUGCGAAGAACUUUGUUCAGACAGAUCUCCCUUUUCAUCCUCUGACGCAGAUGAUGUAUAGCCCUCAGAAUUCUGAUUAUCUUUUAGCCCUCAGCACUGAAAAUGGCCUGUGGGUAUCCAAGAAUUUUGGGGGAAAAUGGGAAGAAAUCCACAAAGCAGUAUGUUUGGCCAAAUGGGGAUCAGAAAACAUCAUCUUCUUUACCACCUAUGUGAAUGGCUCCUGCAAAGCUGACCUUGGAGCACUGGAAUUAUGGAGAACUUCAGACUUCGGAAAAAGCUUCAAAACUAUUGGUGUGAAAAUCUACUCAUUUGGUCUUGGGGGACGUUUCCUUUUUGCCUCUGUGAUGGCUGAUAAAGAUACAACAAGAAGGAUCCAUGUGUCAACAGAUCAAGGUGACACUUGGAGCAUGGCCCAGCUCCCCUCUGUGGGGCAGGAACAGUUCUAUUCUAUUCUGGCAGCUAAUGAUGACAUGGUGUUCAUGCACGUGGAUGAACCUGGAGAUACUGGGUUCGGCACAAUCUUUACCUCAGACGAUCGAGGCAUUGUCUAUUCCAAGUCCUUGGACCGACAUCUCUACACGACCACAGGUGGGGAGACAGACUUCACCAACGUGACCUCCCUCCGCGGAGUCUACAUAACAAGUGUGCUCUCAGAAGAUAAUUCCAUCCAGACUAUGAUAACUUUUGACCAAGGAGGAAGGUGGAAGCACCUGAGGAAGCCUGAAAAUAGUGAAUGUGAUGCCACAGCAAAAAAUAAGAAUGAGUGCAGCCUUCAUAUUCACGCUUCCUACAGCAUCUCCCAGAAACUAAAUGUUCCGAUGACUCCACUCUCAGAGCCUAAUGCUGUGGGCAUAGUCAUCGCUCACGGUAGCGUGGGGGAUGCCAUCUCAGUGAUGGUCCCGGAUGUGUACAUAUCAGAUGAUGGUGGUUAUUCCUGGACGAAGAUGCUGGAAGGACCCCACUAUUACACCAUCCUUGAUUCGGGAGGCAUCAUUGUGGCCAUCGAGCACAGCAGCCAUCCUAUCAAUGUGAUUAAGUUCUCCACGGACGAAGGUCAAUGCUGGCAAACCUACACGUUCACAAGGGAGCCAAUCUACUUCACUGGCCUAGCUUCAGAACCUGGAGCGAGGUCCAUGAAUAUCAGCAUUUGGGGUUUCACAGAGUCUUUCCUGACCCGCCAAUGGGUAUCCUACACCAUCGAUUUUAAAGAGAUCCUUGAAAGGAACUGUGAGGAGAAGGACUAUACCAUAUGGCUGGCUCACUCCACAGACCCUGGAGAUUACGAAGAUGGCUGUAUUUUAGGCUUUAAAGAACAGUACCUACGGCUACGCAAGUCGUCCGUCUGUCAGAAUGGUCGAGAAUACGUUGUAACCAAGCAGCCGUCCAUCUGUCCCUGUUCCUUGGAGGACUUCCUCUGUGAUUUUGGUUACUUCCGUCCGGAAAAUGACUCGAAGUGUGUGGAACAGCCAGAACUGAAGGGCCAUGACCUAGAGUUCUGUCUGUACGGACGAGAAGAGCAACUGACAACAAAUGGAUACCGGAAAAUUCCUGGAGACAAAUGCCAAGGUGGGGUGAGUCCAGUUCGGGAAGUAAAAGACUUGAAAAAGAAAUGCACCAGCAACUUUUUGAGUCCAGAAAAGCAGGACUCCCGCUCACAGGGACACAACUUGUCCCAGAAUCUAACUCCGCCUCCUCUUGGAUACAUUGUAAGCACACACUCCCUAUCUCCCACCCAGAAGCAGAAUUCCCAGUCGAAUUCUGUUCCAAUCAUCCUGGCCAUUGUGGGACUGAUGCUGGUCACGGUCGUAGCAGGAGUGCUCAUUGUGAAGAAGUACGUCUGUGGGGGAAGGUUCUUGGUGCAUCGAUACUCUGUGCUACAGCAGCACGCAGAGGCCAAUGGUGUGGACGGUGUGGAUGCUUUGGACACGGCCUCCCACGCUAAUAAAAGUGGUUAUCAUGAUGACUCAGAUGAGGACCUCCUGGAAUAGCUCUUCAAAGGAGCUGGGACCAAGCAUGGAUAAUGGAACCGCAGUACCUCUUACACUCCCUGUGGCUCCGACUUGGGGAAAUAAAUUUCCCAUUGGGAGGGAUCCAGCUCUGUUUCUGCUGCUUCCUUCGAAGCCAAAAGGACCUACACUAAAGAAAUGCGGGGUGGGGGUGGGGAACCCCAAAACGCUCACAAUUGGCUCUGUGAAGAGGGGAAAAAACUUUAAAUUCUUUAACUUUUAAGUUCUGUCUUUCUGCAAAUUAUGGGUUCUUUUUUGUUUUUGUUUUUUUAAGGGAAAUGAAAUAGAAUUUGAAGGGAACAUUCCACUAACCUCACUCUUGCAUGUUUUGCAUGGCGCCUGCCCCCACAGGGGAGCUGCCAACUCCAGCAUCACCUCUCACAAUAUACUCGGUGCUGUCCUUGGGCUCUGCUGGUGACAUGAAGCAGAUGCAGAGAUGAAAACAAGGCUGCAAUGCCUGCCACAGCCUGGGCAGCCUUUCUCCCUCUGGGACAGCCCUCCUCCAAGAACACUGCCCACCAGCUCUUCACACAGAUUCCUGCUCCCCUCCUCCCCAGGGACCCUAGACGCAGUGAUUUUUCUCUUCUCCUCUUUAAUUAGGCAAUAUACCCUUGCUAAUUGCCCUUUGGCAACUAACUUAACCAUGUGCUUCCAAAAUACUAAAUCAGGAAAAUUUAAAUGGCAAUAUUUUUAACUAAGGGCCAGGGCCAAGAGAGCAGCAGAGAAUUGACUAGAUUUAGCUCCUAUUAAAACAGAAAUUCUUGCAGCUUCUGAGGUCUUUCGAGCCAUGCUUUGUAUGUGUGCCAGUGGACUUGCUCAAGGACAGGGUUCAGGCUUACCCAUGAUGUCUGCACAGGCUGAAUGAGUUCUUCACUAGGGUUGAUUUUUGAAGCCCAGUGCAACCCCUGAGGACUAGACAUCACAGUCUUCCAUUUUCCCUUUUCACCUGUUGUGUUUGCUCUUUGUUGAAUCAUUAAAGUAGCUGCUUAUUUGCUUCUCCUUAGACUGCUGUUGUGCAUGGAGUCAAGAACUAGAGAUGUUUUCAGAUUUAUAGGCUUUUAAAAAUAUAUUUUAGAAUUUUAUUACCGGUCUUUCCUUCUCGUCCUUUUUUCCAGUUUUGCCAAGUAAUUUAUUGGCAUAACGCCUUGGCCGAACCAGUUGAAAACACACUUCCAGUUUGGAUGAUGCUUUGUGUGGUGCAAUAAGUUCAUCUUUUAAAUUAAAGGAAGUUUUCCAUUUGAUAUUUUUCCAAAUUAAAUUAUAGAAUGUAGUUGGGGUGAAUUUUGAGGUGGAUGUGUAGUAGUGAAAAGCUGCAAUAAUUAGUUUUAAUACAAUAUAAAUGUUUGCUAUACAGGAAUAUAGUAUAGUAAAUUUUCAAUCUAAGUAUACCUGUUGUGCUGGUCACAGCUUCUCCCAUUGACUAUGAUUGGGACAUUUUUCCUUUUGUAGCUGCCAUUUUGCUGCUAGUUUGUUUUGUGGCUAGAAAGUCAGUGAAAAGUAAAUGUGCCAAAUUAACUUUUGUCAGAAUGCGUGAGCAGAUGGCCAAGUUCUCUUCUCACCAGAAUGGAUUAACAGCAGCAGGGAAAGUGGGGAAGGGAGUGGAUAGAGAAUUUGAAACUGCAGUAAAAUUAAAUGAGUCAGGGAGCUUCAGUUAAAAAAUGAGAACAGUUUUUGUGGAGAGAAUUAAUGUUUAAGGCCAGAAAGCACUAGUCUUUUAGGAAAAGCGUAUUAAAUUUGCAUGUUUUAAAACUUCAAGUAAUUCCAAAGAUAUACCAGCUCACAGAUGAUAAAAAUGUCAGCCUUUCUCCCAGCCACACUUCCUAGCCCAGAAAAGGCCUAUUUACACCAUAAACCUUUUCUCCCAGCACAUACCCAGUGUGGGUAGAUGUGCUUAUGUAUGGUAAUUGUCUUAUUAGUUUUCAGAUGUAGAAAAUAUCUGUAAUGGAAAAGUUAAUAUUCUCUAACCGUAUAAGAAAAAGCCCUUCACUUAUAAUAAUAUCUGGGAUUUCUGUAGACCUUAACAAUUUUCAGAGCACUUUCACUUGCAUUAUGUCAUUUGAACCUCACAACAUUCUUGCAAGAUAAAAAAAAAAAAGAUGGAUUAUAUUCCAUUUUUAAGAGAUGAAGCUGAGGUACAAAAAUUGAGUAACUUGUCCAGGGAGCCUGUAUGUGUUACAAGCAGUGCCUGUUGGUUGUCUUUAGAACUCUUGAAACCUUUUGUGCUUGCAAGUGCUGAAUACUUGGAGCAGGGCCUCUUAGAAAUGACUUGCCUUUCUUCAGGACGGCAUUUUCUUUCAGAGCAGUAUUUAGCACCUUUUUAAACUCUGACCACCUGGAUAAAUGAAUUGUAUUCCCUUGUUUUUUCAUAGCUAAAAAGAAAUCAAAUUAAUGGUAAUUUAAAAUAUGCUUUUAGAAACUCCCCCUCAUUUCAUUGAAGGUUCACUGUUGAAGAGUGCAGGGAUGGAAUGUCUAUUCUUGGGUCAUGCAUCGCCAUGCUCUUUGCUUUCAGUCCCUGGUUUGCUACUCAUUUGGUUUGAGUGCUGCUUACAAGCCAGCUCCGUCCCUUAAUUGGCUAGUUUACAUUCUCUAUCAGCCUGCUCUCCCCCAGCCAGAGUAAAACAGCCUAAAUCCAUUAUAGCUUCUAGGGAAAAAGAAAUUUCCAACUUGUUCUACAAAUCAUAAGUUAGGAGCAUUGACUUUGAAGAUAAAUACAUCGUUUUAUAAACUCCCAGGUGAGAUGGGAACAGAAGAGAUUAUUUCUGAAGGUUAGUGCUGGAAUUUAGUGUUAUAGAGGCAGGCUGGGCAUAGCACACAGUCCGGAGUCGUCAGAGUUCUUCAAUCCAGAUGCAGAACUCACCGGCCCUCCCUACUCUGGGAACAUUUGUCUUGGGCCUGAGGGGAGUUUGUUUUUUAGUGAGACCAGAUCACUGGCAGUGUUCCGGCUCCCUGUCCAGAGAGACCCGGGAUGGAGCCACCUAGAUUAACUGAUUAUGAAUACCAUUUAAAAGAAUAAAAGUCUUUAGAGAAUUAUGGCAGUUCUAGGGUAGGCUCAGGAGAUUCAAUAGAUUUUCUAAAACUGAAACUUAGAAUUUGCCAUGUCUCUCUAUAGGCUUUUCAGUGUGUAUCUCUUACCCUUAGGUUUAUCUCUGGGCCUCUAUGUCCCGGAGAGGUGACCUUUCAUCCCUGACAGGUUAGUAAUGUGCUGGCCACCUCCCGCUCCUCACCAGGUCUGGAAACCGUAGCUAGUUCUCCCAUAGCCUUCAUCCCGAUAACAGGAUGCCAAAAGAGGCCAGGCUGCAGGCGUUUAUUUAUUUUCUAGGCAAACCAUCCAGGUAAAGAGAUUCUCUUUCCUGUUAGGAGAGCUCUAGAGAGCCCUGCCCAGGUAAGCAGUGGCCCGGAGCUCAUCCUGCUCUUUGUUGGUGUAGCUCCCUCGCUCCUGUAUAAAGCCAGGUACCUGGAAUUGCUAAAACAGGAAUAGAUUCAGCUUUUCAGCUUUGCCACCAUCUUUACUCCAGCAGAAAAUGAACAUGGACUUAAAACAUCCUUUUAACAAAACCAAAGGUUAAGAUUUGCCACAUGAUGGAGUGACAGGGAGGGCCAAAGUCAGCAGAUGCUAGACUUUCUGUUCCACCUGCCACCAACCUGCCCAGCUCAGGCAGCUCUGGGAUCACCUACUAGGUCCUGCCUUCAUGGAAGAUAAUUGCUGUAGCAGGAGCAUGUUGAUUUCUUGGAUGUGUUGCAUAACAACAAGUUAAGAAUCAGAACAUUAAUUUGAAAUUGUUUUCAACGACUUGCUGUAUGCAUUUUUUUCACACCAGUACAUUUUUAAGCACCCUUGAUUAUAUAGAAUAACAUAAACUAAUCUGUACCUUUAUAUAUAUGUGUACAUAUAUACAUGUAUAAAGUGUAUAGUGUACAUGCUGAUGAUUUAUUGAUAUGCCCCCUCACCCCCCAUCUUUAAUGCAGUUCCCAUCUUCCGCAUGCCCUCAGUUUUGUGGUAGGGUGACUUGAAUGUUCCCUGAUGGCUCUGCCCACCUCUCCCAUGUUUGGAUGUCUAGGGAGGAGGGUUUGGGUCAUACUCUCCUUAUUCUCGUGCACAGAGAUGCUCAGGGUCCCCAUGUGCCUGUUCAACCCCUCUUGUCUCUUGCUCCCCUUCUGAGCAUGCGGUCCCUCCAUGUUCUAGAACUUCCUACCAGAGGGUAAAGCAGUACUAAGAUCAUUACUGCAUGUGCUCUAAAAAUCCAAGUUUUCUGUUCCCUUGGGACAGAAAAUUGCAUGUAAGGUGGGAUAAUCCAGUUUCAAUGACCCAUGUCAGUUACACAAGAAAGCCAGCCUUCUUGAUAAAAUUACACCAAAUGGAAAUAAAACUCAAAGUUUCUUUAGCAUUGUGUAAAUAAAUCUGGAUAUGUUUAACUUUGUACUGGUAAUUUUCUGUAUAUUUGCAAUAUUUGGGUUAGAAAUAAAACAGACUGCACUUUGUUACCUGA